AUGGUUUGCCAAUCCGCCAUGUUGGGGCGUGUGUUGUUGGCGUGGCCAUUGGCGAUAGUGACGAUGCAGGGUGGUAACAUGCCCACGUUGUCGGCGAUGCUGCAUCUGUCAACAACACUGCUACCCAUAACCGUCGAAAAUAUCCCGUGGUUACACCUGAAACUAGGUCGGACCGCACACGGUAGUGGUAUUAGUGAUGUCGAGAUGGGCGGAGGAGCACCGGCGAGGCUAGUUACUGAUGAGGCCGGUUGCAGGGAUGUCAACGGCGCCCUGAAGCCCAAUCUCAGAGUGUGGAGUCAGUCAGACAGACAACCUUACCGGGUCUGGGUAAACCUCGCACAUUGCGCACAGCAGCAUGUACAAAGUACGGUACGCAGCACGCGUGGACCGUCGCAUCGGAGAUGGGUGACUGUGAUGGAUGACGUGGGGAUCUCUCAUCUUCACGGCAGACGGCCAGCUCCGCAACCCACUCCAGCGCGUAUUCCUUCCGAAAAUUAG